CGGGCGGAAGGGGCGGGGCUAGCGGGAGGCGCGGGCAGCGGGCGUCCGAACAUGUCUGGGGGCAGCAGCUGCAGUCAGACCCCGAGCCGGGCCAUCCCUGCCACCCGCCGUGUGGUGCUCGGCGACGGCGUGCAGCUGCCGCCCGGGGACUACAGCACGACGCCCGGCGGCACGCUCUUCAGCACCACCCCAGGAGGGACCAGGAUCAUCUAUGACCGGAAAUUCCUGAUGGAGUGCCGGAACUCCCCUGUGGCCAAAACGCCUCCAAGGGACCUGCCCACUAUCCCUGGGGUCACCAGCCCUACCAGUGAUGAGUCCUCCUCAGAAGCCUGCCACAGCCACCUGCGCAGCAGUCCAGAAGACAAGCCAGCAGGCAGUGAAGAGUCGCAGUUUGAGAUGGACAUUUAAGGGACCAGCUAUCGGAUGGAGGGCACUUCUGGGCUCGUGGCCCUUCUCAGGAGGACCACACCAGCCAGCCUUUGGUGCGCCAGCCUCCUGGGCAGGUGUUGGAUGUGGGGUUGGCCACCCUGCCCCUCACUCAGGGCACCUGCUCGUUCCUGUGAACACCAGCACAAACCUCCUUGUGCCUCUUUAAUGCGGAGCUGCUACCCCAGGAACACUCUCCUGCCUGUAGCCCACAAUCAAGUGCCAGCAAGUGGACCCGGAUGCUCUUCUAAACAAUCGUCUCUGGGGUCACUCACCUCUCCCUUAGGUUGGGGAGCCUGGGAUAGCACCCCUCUUCCUUCCCUGAGAGAGGAAAUAAAAGCCACCCUCACUCUGGGGCCAAAUCAUGGGCCCUGUCUGAGCUCUUUUUAACUCUA